AUGUGUAUUGCUGUUAUUUUGUAUGCAAUUGGUGUGCUUUGCAAGAAUUAUGCGAUUCUAUUGAAUUCGUCUCAAGGAUUCCAUAAUUACAGGCAAAUGGCAAAUGUGUAUAUUUUUGAUCACAUAUUGAGGCAAAAUGGAUUUGAAGGGGAUCAGAUUGCAAUUGUUUCGUAUGUGAAUCAGAUUCAGGACAUAAGAAAUGCAGACAGGGAGCAUGUGCAUAUUGAUGGUGAUUUAAAGAUUCCGUAUUCUGAAUUUGAUGUUACUAAUGAUGCGCUGAGGGUAAUGCUGAAUGCAAUUGAAGGCAACCAUCCGAAGCUUAAGGAUGCCGAUGAGUCAUCCAAUGUUCUGAUAUACAUGAAUGGGCAUGGAAACGAGUCGUUCCUGAAGUUUGGGAGCAUACACUUUAUGACGAAGGAUGAUUUGAUGUGCAGGGUUGUGAAGCUAGCAUCUAGGGUAGGGAAAGUUUUAGUGCUACUUGAUACAUGCCAGGCUGAUGCGCUUAUAGACAGGGAUGCUUUGCCACCGAAUGUUUUUGCAAUUGCCACGAGUAAGAUCAAGCAAUCGGCUAUUUCGACAUUUGAGUCUUCUGUGCUUUUUACUAAUACAGUGGACAAUUUCCCGUAUUUUUUCUUUAUGAAGGCACAGAAGGGAAUUGGAAGCAAAGAUAAGCUUGUUGAUGUGUUUACGGAUUUAAGCAAGGAGCCGAUAGAAUCUGAGCUUGUGUUUAGUGAUGAUCCUAUGUUUUAUUAUGGCGAUUUUUUUGUGCAGAACUUGAUGUUUGAGCUACUUCCUUUCAAAUGA